AUGUUCUCUGUGUCUCUAGUGCUGCUACUGGCAGCCACAUCCUAUGUUCACUCUGAUGAGCUGAUUCAGCCUGACUUUCAGACUGUUCGUCCAGGUCAGCAAAUGACCAUCAACUGCAAGGUCUCAUAUUCAGUGACUGACUAUGCUACAGCUUGGAUUCGACAAUCAGAAGGAAAAGCUCCAGAGUAUAUUGGAUAUAUCGACAGUGAUGGGAGCUUAGACUACAAAGAGUCUCUGAAAAACAAGUUCAGCAUCUCAAGAGACACCAGUAGUAACACAAUUAUAUUACAAGGGAAUAGUGUACAGACUGAAGACACAGCUGUGUAUUACUGUGCCCGUUACACACAGUAUUAUGAACUAGCCGCUAUUCAGUACAAAAACCUCUAUGUAGGCAUUUGUGAAAAGCAUCACCUUCGAGGUCUACAAGAGGUGAUACAGCGCUAUCAGCAAGUCCUUAAAACAUUUGGGAAGGUUCGCACAAUGAUUGAGGCAUUCCAUAGGCAUAACAUCGACAGAAGGACCAUUGCUGCCACAGCCCCUAUUGCCAAAUUGCACAUUGCUGACCCCAAGGCCUACAGCACCCUAGAAUUUGAACCAGCAGUAGAAACACUGCUGGGUUUUGCAGAGAAAUGUGCCAAUCAUGUAACACCAGACAUCAAAAAGUCAAUCGAGGAUUUGAAAGCUAGUGGGCAUUUGCUCCCAAUUAUGCUUAAAUACUAA